AUGUUCCGCUCAACAAUUGCAAAGACAAUCCUCAAUAACUCACGCUCUGGCCCUACAACGCUGUCGAGAGCUACCUUGAGACCUGCUUUAGCCCGCGGCUACCAUGAAAAUGUUAUUUCCCACUACGAGAGGCCUAGGAACGUUGGCUCUCUGCCCAAAACCGACGUUGACGUAGGAACUGGACUCGUAGGUGCUCCAGCCUGUGGGGACGUAAUGAAACUCCAGAUUCGCGUGGACGAAGAUGGUAUUAUUUCGGACGUCAAGUUCAAAACCUUUGGCUGCGGUAGCGCCAUCGCUUCUAGUUCUUAUAUGACCGAACGUGUCAAAGGCCUUUCACUAGAAGAAGCUGGAAAGAUUAAGAACACCGAAAUUGCGAAGGAAUUGUGUCUACCUCCCGUCAAGCUCCACUGUUCAAUGCUUGCGGAAGACGCCAUCCGUUCCGCUAUUAGGGACUAUCAGAUUAAGCAGAAAGCUGUUGGCACCAAGAAAGGCUUCAUCGAUGUCGCACAGAGCGCAGUCACCGGAAAGACUGUCGCUACGGCCCACCCAGGUCAAACAUAA